AUGUCGGCUGAAGUACACAAGAUAUACCUUCACCCCACCAGCCACGCCACCGACCUUCCCUUCCCACUAGACAACAUCCCCCUCACCACAAUCCCCAACACCACCCUCGCCGCCCAGCUCUACAAAGCCCCCGCCCUCCACGGCUUCGGCCAAACAACCGUCGUCCGACUGUCGCAAAGCCUCAUCCUCAAAGGCGGCGGCAACAUCCUGCCCCCCGAAGCCGCCGCCCUCCGCCUGCUCGCCUCCGCCGAACCCUACAAAACCAUCCGCGCGCCCCGCGUCCACCGCGCAUUCCAAGUCCCCGACGACACCAAGUACUUCGGCACGACGGGCUACCUCGUCAUAGACUAUAUCCCCGGCCGGCCGCUGGAUACCUGCUGGGAAGGUCUGCCCGCCGACCAGAAGAUCGAUAUCGCGGGGCAGGGCGCCGAGAUGAUCACCGCGAUACAGCGCGUUCAUCUCCCCGGGCCGCCGGGCCCCAUUGGCAAUGGCAAUGGUGCCGACGAGGGGAAAUGGCCGUGCCGCGGCCGCUUCUUUACGCACUACAGCGCCGGCCCGUUUGGGAGGGUCGCGGAAUUCGAGGGGUGGUUUAAUCAUAAGCUGGACAUCUGCCAGCAGGUCCGCAAGGCAGCUCCGGAUGUCCCUGCGUUCCGCUUUCGGGAUUUUCAGGCGUUGGUGCUUGAAAGGCUACACCGGGAUCCUGUGGUGGAGAGACAGUUGGGGGCAAUUGAGUAUGGGCUGUUGACGGCGGCGUUGGCUUGAGGGGUUUGAUCCCUUACGGCAUAGGCAUAUCUACGGAAUAUCUUUCGAUACCAGGUGAGCCUCAACUGUCAUGCUCUGGACCAUCUGGCGCCUACUUUACAAAUUCAAAAUACGGACACAUGUAUAGGAGCCGCAGUACUGGUAGACGGGGCUGCAGAGCAUCGACCAUGCCCAUACAGCCCGCCACA